AUGAGCUUGUGCACAAAGGCCAAUACUAAAGCAUUCAAAGCUCAUGGACGAUUAGACGGGUGUCCUGGAGCGCCAGGCCUGUGUGCGGGCGUCGCCUCGCCCUGCUGCAGCCAAAUGCUGGAAAGGUUGAGUUGCACCGAACGGUUCAAACUCUUGGCCGAAACAGGCGCCGGCUACAUACACCUGAUGCACUGGGUUCUCGUUUGGCUGGCAUAUCCGGAUCUGCGCCGGGUCUGCGGUCAACGUCUGCGCCGGCUAUGUAGAAAACUGCAUUUGCCACGACCGUUUCGUUUUCCCUCACAGGUGCUGAGGGUUAGCUAUAAGGACGAGCAGAGCUCUGUAUGUAAAGCUCAGCAAUCGUUAUGCCUAUCUCGGAUGUCCGCUGCACAUGCUCUAUUGACUGCUAAUCAUGCGAGACUUGCCCAGUCCGAUGCGGCUCUACGAACAGCGAGAGGCAGCGGUGGCAGAGUGCACAGUCACGCCAUGCGCCAUGGCUGGACGAAUUCACGCUUUGGCCGGUCACCACGCUGUCUUAUAAUCUGUGAGUUAUUGGAGCAUGAGCAGACACAAUUGCAGGACCAGACGCCGGCCGAGUUUGUUAUUCUCGACCCGUCCUGUUUGCGUGUGCGCUAUUUAGUGCUCUUUACUGAAAACAAAUCAAUCAAAGUGAAUCGGUACUUUCCCAACCUAGCUAGCUGCACAGAAAGCAGCGGCAGCGGCAGCGCUAGCUCCGGCAGUGGAGCAGGAACUGGGAGCGGCCGUGGGUUCUUCCGAAUAGCCCGUUGGCUUAUGAAGCGCGCCUUGCAGUUGGUUCAGUUUAAGCCUUCAGUGUACUAUUAA